GAUCGCAACCGGAAGGAGUCGCGAUGCCACAAGAAUGGUACGCAGCGCAUGACGCCGCGUCGUCCACGUCGAUGACGCGCGACCCGUCCAAGCUCGCGCUCCUGAAGCGCAAGAUGGCCAAGAAGGAGGCGCCCACACGGCCACCACCGCCCGUGCCGCCCCGUCGGAGCUCGAGCGAUCUUAGCGCACCGGUCCCGUCGCUCGAGUCUGUCAGCGCCAGUGAGACACCAUUCGCGCUGGCCAAGCCUCCGCCGCCACUGCCCCGUCGGCGCUCCGAGAGCACACGUAAUGACGCCCCGGCGAGUCGUCUACCAACCCAGCGCGUCCUUCCGGCACCGCCAUCAGCAGCCGACGCCGAUGCUCCAGGUCCAAGCGACGUGAUCGCCAUCCCCGAGAAGCGACCCAAAGAUGACGUCAUUGCCGAAACAUGCACGGAAGAUGCAGCGGACGAGUGCAUCUCGACUCCGCCUCCGAUCGCAGCGGCGUCCACAGCGACAGCACGUGCCGAGAGUGCGCCGUUGGACGACGUCCCAAUCUCAACGGCCUCGGAUCCAUUUGCGCGCAAGUCGUUUCAAAAGCUCGUCGUCAAGUGGAGCUGCACAACAUGCAAUCGCGAGUGCAUUCCAGUGCGCGAAGAGAGUCGCUGCCUCUGUGACCAUCGACUCAAGGAGCAUCCGUCGAGCGUCGACGAUCCACGGGUCAAGGACCCUGCCAAGUUCAAGGCCUUUGCGUGCACCACGAGCCGCUGUGUCUGUAAAGCGUUCUUUUACAUUGUGGCCGAAGGCGCGUGGAUACUGCGCUGUCGCUGCAAGCACAAGCACGUUGAGCACGACGCAGGGCGACCGCCGUUCGUGUGUAAGAAGCCCAAGUGCGCAUGCACGGGCUUUGAUAGUCCGUGGGUCUGCAACUGCGCACAUCCGUGGAGCGACCACGUACAGACGCAAGAGAUCAAGACGUUCCACCCGCUGCAAAUGGACCUCUGCGACGAGCUCUCCAAGGUCUACCGCACCGACCUCGAGGCCGAGCCAUUGUCCUUGCACGCGUAAUAACGACGUCGCCAACUCGCAAACAAAAAGACUCCAAUGACACGAUCUUAUC